AUGAACCGGAGUUUCCACAAGUCUCAGACCCUGCGCUUCUACGACUGCAGUGCGGUGGAAGUCAAGAGCAAGUUUGGAGCUGAGUUCCGAAGGUUCUCUCUGGACCGCCAGAAGCCUGGGAGGUUUGAAGACUUCUACAAGCUUGUCAUGCACACCCACCACAUCACCAACACCGAGGUGACCAUCGGCUAUGCGGACGUGCAUGGUGAUCUGCUGCCCAUCAACAACGAUGACAACUUCUGCAAGGCCGUCUCCAGCGCAAACCCCCUACUCAGGGUUUUCAUCCAGAAACGAGAAGAGGCUGAGCACUGCAGCUUCGGGGCGGGCUCGCUGUCCAGGCGGCGGCGCCCACUAGCCCUGCGGGAAGACGGCCCCUGCCGGCGCACACACCUGCACAUCGGCCUACCGCACGACUUCCGCCCCGUGUCCUCCAUCAUCGACGUGGACAUCGUCCCCGAGACGCACCGCCGCGUGAGGCUGUACCGGCAUGGCUGCCAGAAGCCGCUGGGCUUCUACAUUCGCGAUGGCACGAGCGUGCGUGUGGCCCCACAGGGGCUGGAGAAGGUGCCCGGCGUCUUCAUCUCCCGCAUGGUGCCUGGCGGCCUCGCCGAGAGCACCGGGCUGCUGGCCGUGGAUGACGAGGUCCUGGAGGUGAACGGGAUCGAGGUGGCCGGGAAGACACUGGACCAGGUCACGGACAUGAUGAUCGCCAACAGCCACAACCUCAUCGUGACGGUCAAGCCCGCCAACCAGAGGAACAACGUGGUGCGGGGCAGCCGCGCCUCAGGCAGCUCUGGCCGCUCCUCGGACAGCACGGCCAGCCGCCACAGCCUGCCCAUGGCCCACGUCCUGCAGAACUUGCCCCCGGACGAGAUGGAGAGUGACGAGGAGGCCGACGUGGUCCUCGAGGGCGUGCUGGAGCCUCGGCUGGCGCCCAGGCCGCCUCCAGGCAGCCUCACGCGCGUCAACGGCGCGGGCCUGGCGCCCGGCCUGCACAGCCCCGGGCGAGAGGGCAGCGUCCAGAGGCUUCUCAGCUCGCUCCGCUCUGACCCCCGCCACAGCCUGGCCCUGCCCCCAGGAGGGGUGGAGGAGCAUGGGCCGGCGGUCACCCUGUAG